AUGGGAAAUAACGUUAGCUCAACGAUUUCAGCAAAAGCGCGAAGGAGAAGAUUCAAGUUGUCCAGCAGGUCAAGCGCAGCAUCCUUAUCAACUACAACAUCCUUAUCAACCACAUUAUCUUCGGAUACGAAAACAAGUUCGGGGAAAGGUUCAGUCACAUCUGACGGAUACAACGAUGGAAUCUCCAAAGUGCUCGAUGCAGACAAUGAGAAAUUGUUGGACUAUUUUCAUAUAAUGCAUUAUAUGCUUAAAAAUUCAUGGAAUGUCAGUAAGAGAGGGGGAAGCGAAGAAAGAACAGAUGGAAAUUUUUCCGCACCGCUACAGGAAGAGUUGAAAUCGGGAAUAACUGUUUUAGAUGUUGGCUGUGGGCCAGGAACAUGGAUACUCGAUAUGGCUAGCACAUUCAUGAGAUCAAAUUUUAUCGGAAUCGACAUAUCACCAGCUUAUCCCACACAAAUCAAACCGGCAAACACGGAAUUUUUAACAUGCGACGUGCUCGAGGGACUCCCGUUCGAAGACGACUUUUUUGAUUUUGUCUAUCUAAGAUUUUUGAAUAAAGCAUUUACCAGAGAGGAAUGGGACACUACGUUGCUAAACGAGUUGUUGAGGGUAACAAAACCCGGUGGAUGGAUUGAAACAAUGGAACAGGGAGUAGAGGUAAUAGAUCCAACACCUACUCUGGCCAUCACGUGGAAAGCAGGCAGGCAAUUACUAGAAGAUAGAGGCGUGUUUGUUGGUCUCGCCUAUGAAUUAGAACACUUGUUAAAUGCUCAUCCACAAACUUCAAAAGCCGUAAUGGAGGAAAUAGAACAUAAGGUUGGCCCAUGGGGAGGCAAAGACGGAGAAAUCUGGGCUAGUCAUCUGAUUCAGUCAUUAGAAGCUGCAAGCCCAUCGAUAAUAGACCAUUUAAAAUGGACGUCAGAAGAAUAUCAAGUGUUCUGGAAAGAUUACGUAAAGCAAUUAAAUGAUCCCAAGUGUAGAACCAAAACUACUACUUAUAGAGUUUUCUGUCAAAAGCGUAAUUAUGAUGAAAAGGCAUAG